AUGUCGCUGGCAAACAAACUGUCGAUUGAGGACGUCGAUCUCCAGGGCAAGCGUGUCCUGAUCCGCGUUGACUUCAACGUGCCUCUCGACGCUGACAAGAAGGUCACAAACAACCAGCGCAUUGUUGGCGCCCUUCCGACCAUUAAGUACGCCAUUGAGCAUGGCGCUAAGGCUGUUAUCCUCAUGUCUCACCUCGGCCGCCCCAAUGGCAAUCCGAACCCCAAGUACUCCCUGAAGCCGGUCGUCCCUGAGCUCGAGAAGCUCCUGGGUAAGAGCGUCACCUUUGCUCCGGAUUGCGUUGGGCCCGAGGUUGAGGAGAUCGUCAACAAGGCCGAUAACGGUGAUGUUGUUCUGCUCGAGAACUUGCGCUUCCACAUCGAGGAGGAAGGCAAGGGCACUGAUGCCGAGGGCAACAAAAUUAAGGCGGAUAAGGCCAAGGUUGAGGAGUUCCGCAAGGGGUUGACCAAGCUGGGUGAUGUCUAUAUCAACGAUGCCUUCGGUACUGCGCAUCGCGCCCACUCUUCAAUGGUCGGCGUCGACCUCCCGCAGAAAGCUGCUGGCUUCCUCAUGAAGAAGGAGCUCGACUACUUCGCUAAGGCGCUCGAGAACCCCAAGCGGCCAUUCCUGGCCAUCCUGGGCGGUGCCAAGGUGUCUGACAAGAUCCAGCUGAUCGAUAACCUGCUGGACAAGGUCAACACACUCAUCAUUUGCGGUGGCAUGGCCUUCACUUUCAAGAAGACCCUGUACGGUGUCUCGAUUGGCAACUCGCUCUUCGACGAGGAGGGCUCCAAGACUGUUGCCGAUUUGAUGAAGAAGGCCGAGAAAAACAACGUGAAGGUUGUGUUGCCGGUUGACUACAUCACUGCUGACAAGUUUGACAAGGACGCCAACACCAGUACGGCUACUGAUGCCACCGGCAUUCCUGAUGGCUGGAUGGGUCUCGACUGCGGUGAGGAGUCCGUCAAGCUCUACAAGGCUGCCAUUGAGGAGGCCGAGACCAUUGUCUGGAAUGGCCCUGCUGGUGUUUUUGAGUUCGACAAGUUCGCCUCGGGCACCAAGGCCACCCUUGAUGCGGCUGUCGCUGCCGCCCAGAACGGCAAGAUCGUCAUCAUUGGCGGUGGUGAUACCGCUACUGUUGCAGCGAAGUACGGCGUCGAGGACAAGCUCAGCCACGUCUCGACUGGCGGUGGUGCCAGCUUGGAGCUGCUCGAGGGCAAGGCUCUGCCUGGUGUUGUUGCGCUGAGCGAGCGGAACUAA